AUGGGAUAUUAUGAUUACAAUUGUACAGCAACUUGCAGAUACCCUAGCUUUGGUUAUCGAUGUCAGCGUAAAUGUAACUGUAUUCGGGAGAAGUGUGACCUCAAAACUGGAUGCAGUCUUUCUCAAAUUUGUAACGAUGGCUAUUAUGGUCCGGGCUGUAUUUCUCCGUGUCGAUAUCCUAGCUACGGAAGAAAGUGCCAAAGAGAAUGUUCAUGUGAGCUAAUUCAUUGUAAUCACAUUCAAGGAUGCCAUUCAAAUACAGAAAGAACAACAGAAGGAAAAACAAAACCCAUUGAUGAUUGGUUGGAAGGGAAACAACUCAUCAACAUUAUCAUCGUGAUAGGAAACUUUGUUAUGAUUACAGCUAUAGGUUUAUCAAUAACAUACUAUUCUAGAAAAUAUAGAUUGAAGAGGAAACAAACACGGAAACGGGCAAACACGGAACUUUAAUGCGAUGCAAAAUAAAGUCCAGCAGUAUCAGAACUAAAUACACAGUUUUAUCUGAUUUUGUUAAUGUGAUCCAGAAUUAAUUACAUUAAAAUACAGGUCGGUAUUUCAUGUAAUGCAACUAGGAACAUGAAUUGUCCUUAUCAAAUAAACAUGUUUUGGUGGAAGAAAGAAUAAUGUUCAAUUUUAUCGGUUCACACUAGAUGCGCUUGGUAAAAUAAAGCCAGAAUAAAUAACUGUCAAUAUAUGAUUUUGAGAUCAAGAAAAACAUAUA